UGGAAACAGAGGUGGAAAUCAAGUCCAUGGAGCUAGAGGUGGAAAUCAAGUCCAUGGAGCUAGAGGUGGAGCAACCAAUAAUGGUAACUUUGGACAAAGAGGAAGAGGACGGGGUGGUAACCAGAGAGGCGGAAUGUUGCAAACAGGAGGGUUUAAAAAAACUCAAGACCAGGGUGGCUUGUUGCAAGAUACAGGAAAUAUUAAAACAAACUUGGCCCAGUUUUGUAAAUUUGUUAAGUACAACACCACAGAAACUAAUGAUAUAGCUCUGAUCGCCAAUGCUUUAUAUAACGGUAAAUUAGGAAUGAAGGAUAAAUUUCUAUGUGAAGAUCUGGGAAUGGUGAAAAAUAAACUUGUCUUCACUGGGGCUUUAUUUAUCGGUGAUUUCUUCAUAUGUCGAUGUACUGACAAUAACAAGAAACGACUGAAGAGUUCUUGCUAUACCAAGGCAGUGGGUAUUUUAACGACUUACACCGUAGAUCAAAUAAUGAACCUUAAAGAUAUUGGAACAGAAGCAUUACACACUGAGCUCACAAAAGCAUGCGAAGAAGGCAGAGCUCCUGUAACAGAGAUCGACCCGAAUAUGGGCGAAUCUAUUAAACGCAUAGAAGAGUUGCAAGAAUUGUUAAAGAAGCAAUUGUCUUUCACUUUGAACAUUAUUAGCCGAGUUGAACAGGCUGUGGUGGGCGUUAAGAGUACGGCUAGUUAUAUCGAGGGAGAAGGCAAGAAUGCAGCUGAUAGAAAUGUCUACGAAGGUUCGCUGUACAUCAACGGCAUCCAUUUUGGAAUAGCACGCAAUAUAAACAAGAAGUUGACCAAAUCCUCAUGUUACGAGAUGUCCUUUAACCGUUUAAUGUCUUUAUCAGCAGAAACGCUAUCGAAAGGAUUGACCACCAAGGAAUUGUCUGGAGUUGUGACCGAAGACGUUGGUCUCUUGACAGCGCUACAAGAAGAACAAUUGUCUCUGCCUAACCUUCAGUGUAUAAUAUCCACAAUGGCACUACCCGAGAACCAGCCGUUUUCCAUCAAUUUUGACAUUGUUGCGAUUGACGAACUGAAAUUAAACCCCGCUUUAUUGUAUCGCAGAUGCCUAAAUCAGAACAACGUCAUUUGCGAGCUCUACCUUGGAAGGUUACUUUUGAGCAGUGGACAGGGAGAAACAAAGGUAUCGGCCAAGAGACUUGCUUAUGAAAAUGCUGAAGAACUUUUUAACACAACAACAGCAGAAAAGAUUCUAGCUGAACAUAAGGUACUCCAACAAGAAGAUCAGAAUGCCCCGGAUGUCAUACAGUAUGUAGUGGUCACAAACAAUAAUAGAUCACAGUCUAAUAUCCAGAAACUUAAAGGUCACAUCUGGCCAGUGUUUAGUGAAGACUGUAAAGAUAUUACUGUUGAUGAUAUCAUUAUACAGGAACAUAUGAAGUGGUUAGAUGACCGAUACAAUCAAGCUUUUGGAAUCCUCUUGUACUCCUGUUCUCAGAAUGGUCUGAUUAUGGAAUGGGAUUUUGAGAAAAUCUCCAAUAGUGUUUUUGAGUGUCUCAUUACAAUCCAAGGCCAGAAUUUAGCUACAGCCCGAACAGCAGCCAAUAGUAAAGCUUCUGCCAAGCAUCUGGCGGCAGCACAUGUACUAUAUCAACUGUACGAAACCAAGCCAAUCAUAGUUGCCGAUACUCAUGAUCCGUCCCCAAGAACAGUGACUUUAGCUGAGCUACAGAAGAAGGCUGAUGAACUUCGGAAAUCCGGUGUGGAGGUUCCAGAGAUCGAAGAGAGAGAAAUGGGUACUAAUAAAACUGAAGAAGAGGGAGAAGAGAGCAAGACAGAAAAUAAUCUGAAAGGCAAAGUUGAUAAAUAUAUUGUACAUGCCCUUCAAAGAAUUGUUGAAGAAUUCUUUGUGGAGGAUACCUUGAAAGAUCUGUUUGUAGGUCCAGAUGUGAGCAAUCUUUAUGUUUCUGCUUGUGGUACUUUUAAAACGAAAUAUUUACAUGUUCGAAGAUCUGCAACACCAGAAGGCGGAAACUGCUUCUAUAAAAGUUAUCAUCCUAAGAAAAUCUUAGAGUUGUUAAGAAAAAAUAAUGGACAGAUGGGAAAGUAUCAUACACUAAAAUCAUCUGAAGUGCCCAAGUCCAGUGAUUUAGCUCUUGAGCUUGCAUCCAGUCAAAGAACAUAUAAUGCUGCCGUACAGCAGCAACAGCAGACAGAGAAAAAUAAACAAAUGGCCCUUAUGCAUAUUAAGAAAGGUGCCGGCAAUGUAGCUUACACUAACAAAAGAAAAUUCCCUCCACAAGUCCACAAUCAGUUUGAAAAUAAUACUUUUGGUCCAAACUCGGCAAAAAAGGUUAAAAGUCAAGGUUUCCAGAGUCCAAACCAAGGUUACCAAAAACAAAACCAAGGUUACCAAAAACAAAAUCGAGGUGUUCAGGACCAGAAUCAAGGUUUCCAAAAGCAAAAUCAAGGAUUCCAAAAACAAAAUAAAGGGUUUCAGCAACAGAAUCAGGGUUUCCAGAACAAAGGAUUCCAGAAAACUCAAGGAUUUCAGCAGCAGACUCAAGGAUAUAAGAAACAGGCACAAGGAUUCCAGCAACGAAAUCAAGGAUUUCAGAAGAAAAACCAAGGUUUCCAGAUGCAGAACCCAGGCUUGAAGGGGCAGAAUCAAGGUUUCCAAGGGCAGAAUCAAGAUUUCCAAGGACAGAACCCAGGUUUCAAGGGGCAGAAUCAAGGUUUCCAAGGGCACAACCAAGGUUUCCAAGGGCAGAAUCAAGGUUUCCAGAUGCAGAAUCAGGGGGCCAAAAAACAAAAGAGAGGGGGUUUAAAUCAGUUUUCCAAUCAACAAUUUCAACAAAGUUAUGAUCAAGGUUAUGGCGAUGAACACUUUGGCAUGGACUAUGGUGACACUCAAGAAGAAUACUAUGAAAUACCAUCUACUAUGUCACAGAUGAACCAAUCUUUUACCAAUCCUCAGCAUGGUGCAGUGCAAAAUAAGGGUAUUGGCAAAGCAAAUAGAGGAGCAAAGAGAAUGCUUCCGCUCAGACCUAGUGAAGAAUUUGAAAGAGCUUAUGAAGAUUUUAGUAUGGAUCAAGGUGCAGGUUAUGAUUUUUCACAAGGAGAAUAUCAGGAUACAAACAUGGCCAUGAUGGAAGGUGCUUAUUUUGAUUCCAACACACCAGCAGUUGGAUGGGAUACUGAUUAUUCUGAUCAAGGUUUCAUGCAGGACAGUGGAUAUCAACAAUUUCGUGUUCCAGACAGUGAAUAUUAUAAUAUGGUUUAAACUACAGCAUAAUAUACAAUUGACUUUUUCUUCAUGUGGAUGUACUUUUAUUUUAAAUAUUGGGAAAUUUUUUCCUAAAAGAAAGCUUGUGCAGUUUGGACAAGCUGAGGGAUAUCAUAAAUAAGGGUAAUCAUUCAGAGAUAAUUCGAGUGCCAGAUUUAUUCCUGCCAGAGUGGGGUGGCGUCCUUACUGUGCUGCUGCGACUGUACGGCGACCAGAAAAUACACAAGGUUGCCAGCAAACUUGAACACAACAAGAGAAAAUGUCCCAAAAAAUUACAAACUUGAAAAAAGUCACGUUCUCACAGCUUUCCGGGCCAGAUUGCAGAACUUUGGUGUUUGCUUUAAACAGCUCAAAACAAAUGCUGUGGCUCGGCGACAAUGGAGACCACAGCGCGAUAUAUGUUUUUUCUACUAUGUUUUUACCACGCUUUGGCAAACUUUGAGGCGCUCAGCACAGGAAGGACUAAGGAUGCCAGCCCGGUUUGACAGGGGUAAUAGAAUCUAUAUAGCCAGUACUUCAUUCUAAGAGUUAUCAGUGUACAUAAGCUAAAAGAUAUAAAUUAUGCGAAGUGACCUUACGUGUAGCUAUGUUGUAAAACAAUAACUGACUGUUUUACUGCUUGACAAUCUUUUACAAACUAGACAAUUUUGUGAAGCUUAUAUUUUUCUAAAUGAAUUGUUUAUCAGAAUCUAGUUACUGGUACAUGUAAAGACAUUCGACCCAUCAGUUUCUUUAUCUUGUUGUUUUUUGGGGGGCAACACCCUUGGAAAAAAGUCUAUAACUGCGCUAAAAUGAAAUACCCUCAACAAGAAAAUUGUCAUGAUUCUUCCUUGACAAUUGUGCAAUGAUUGACGACUUCUAUUUUUGAUAUGACGUCACACUUCCAACAUGGUGACAAUGAUGUCAUGCUUGUUUCCUAGCUCAUAUAGUAUUAUCAUACUUGUUUUUAAAAAUGAUUGAGGUAAUAUUUGCUUUAGGUUGUUUGUACAAGUCUUACUACUAUCUCAUCAUUUACACUAAUCAUCUAUGUAUCACUACAUAAUUAAAGUUGCUAUAUUAUUAUUAAACAUUAUUAACUUAUCAAAACUAUAAUCAACUCUUAAUGCCGUCGUUAGCCUGCGAUAUUUAGUGGAUUUGAAUACGAUUUCUGAUGGAUGAUUUAACUUAAAAAUGGAUAAUUAAGACUUUGUUUAUUAUCUUACCAAAAGUAGUAAAAUUGAAUCGCUAAUAUUACGGUUCUGAGUGAAGCAAUAGUUAUAUUAUUAUUAUUUGGUCGAGUGGUCUAACACAUGCACUUCAGAUCAUAAGAUCUGUCAUUGAGUCAGAUAUCAUAGCUAUGUUACCGGGUAUUCUUAAUUAUUGAAAAUAUACAGCGUCAAAUCUUUGCAUGGAGUUAAAAAGUUGCCCAUCUACAAACUCCUUAAUUGAAUCAUACAAUUAUGCGAUUAAAAACUCUAAUUCUUAAAUAAAUUGACAACCAACAUAGAGUUAGUUGUUUAGUUACAGUAAGCCACAUUAUUAGAGAUAUAACACUGUAAUUAUUUGGUUUCCUCCCACUGCUAAAGACCCCUACGCACAAGCGAAUUGUUGAAAUAAAAAUUAAACCAUAUGUUAGUCCCGAAAUGACCUAGUUUGUGUCGAGUAGACGUUAAACCCCAUUUCUCUCUCUCUCUCUGUAAUUAUUUGUUAAUAUUAAUCUGUUAGAAAUCCUAAAUUGAUAUGAUUAAUAAGAUUCAAAGAUGUUUAAUGCAGGAUGGUGUCCAGGAAUUUGAGCAGCAGGGGGUCAAAGGUGGAGACAAUGCCAGGUUUGGUGUGAGAUCUUGGGGGAUUACCCAAGAAUUUUAUAAAAUCAGAAGCUCUAAGACAAUAUUUCUUCUCAUUUAGGUGCAUACAUGUAGGCUUUGCAUGUAUGUUUGGUUCACGUUAUUUCGAUGACUGUAGGAGACAAUCGCAAACAGGGAAGGAUCGGACCUGCACCUGUAAUGAAGAUAAAUUUUGAUGAUAUAAUGAUUAUUGUUUUAUUUUUGUUAAAUAGUAAUUGUGUUCCAUAUUAUGGUUUUGUGUUAUUAUGUUUGUCAUUUUGUAUAAAUUCAUUUGUAUAAUCAUUAAAUUUUUCUUAAACCAU